AUGUCGGAACGAGGAGGACUCCAGCGGACGGGCGCUCCUUCCCCGCACCUCCAACCCUUAAAGUCGGUCACGAUUUCUUCGAGUCGCCCGGUUCAGAUGAACCUCUUUGCGACGUGGGAAAUAGACCGCUCCUCUCCAAGUUGUGUGCCCAGGCUUUUUAGUCUCACCCUGAAGAAACUGGUUAUGUUAAAAGAGUUCGACAGGGAUCUCACUUCUGUGGUUAUCGCUGUCAAACUUCAGGGAUCAAAGCGCAUUUUACGUUCUAAUGAAAUCAUGUUGUCCUCGGCUGGGAACACCGAGACAGAUCUUCAGUUAACUUUCUCCCUACAGUAUCCCCAUUUUCUGAAGAGAGACGCUAACAGGCUUCAGAUCAUGCUCCAACGACGCAAGAGGUACAAGAACCGCACCUUCCUGGGCUACAAGACUUUAGCUCUUGGGCUUAUCAACAUGGCUGAGGUGAUGCAACAUCCCACAGAGGGUGCUCAGGUUUUGGGGCUACACACCACAGUGAAGGAUGCGGCAGUACCAGUGGCUGAGAUAAGGGUUUACUCCCUGUCCAGCCAGCCUAUUGACCCAGAAGGACCUAAAGCCAAACUGUCUGAUCGUUCACCAGACAUUGAUAAUUACUCUGAAGAGGAAGAGGAGAGUUAUUCAUCCGAGCAGGAUGGCAGCGAUGACCCACUUCAGUGCCAGUACAUGUAUGAUGACGAAGAUGAUGUGAGGAAGAAGAAGCCUCGUCGCAAACUCACCUCCACAGCGUCCAUCACCCGACAGCCAAACAUCAAGCAGAAGUUUGUAGCCUUGUUGAAGAGGUUCAAGGUUUCAGAUGAGGUGGGUUUCGGGUUGGACCAUGUGUCUCAGGAGCACAUCCGAGAUGUGGAGGAGGACCUGGAUGAGCUGUAUGACAGCCUGGAGAUCUAUAACCCCAGUGACAGUGGACCAGAGAUGGAAGAGACAGACAGCAUCCUCAGCACGCCCAAACCCAAACUCAGGCCGUACUUCGAAGGCAUGUCUCAGUCAAGCUCUCAGACAGAGUUCGGCAGCAUGAUUGGCAGAUCCAGCAUCGGCAGAGAUACUUUGUCUCCUCAGGGAGAGCAGCCGUCAACAGCCAACAAGAUCCAGCGCUCCAGCAGUGCACACCUGGACGAUGGUUUUUCAGAGACAGACACUCUUGAUGAGUUGGAGGUUUUGAAUGAUGGGACUCCUAGUAUCACGUUGUCUGUGGCAGAAAGACCUAGGACUCCACAGAAGAGCGGCAGAAGGGACAGCCAGACCAUGUCUUCACCAAGACUGGAUGGGGGACACACUCCCAAACUGAAACGAGGGACACCCAUGAAAGAGAGACAGCUCUCUAAACCCCUUAGUGAACGCACUAACAGCACAGACAGUGAGAGAUCACCUGAGCUCAGCCUUACCCCACAGAUGCCGAGGAAGAUUGUUUAUGACCAGCUGAACCAGAUUCUUGUAUCAGACACCAGUUUACCUGAGAGCCUUAUACUGGUAAAUGGCACCGACUGGCAGGGCCAGUAUGUGGCAGAGCAGUUGCAGACCCAGAAACAGCCAGUGGUGUGUACAUGCUGUUCUGCAGAGAUCCAGGCCGUGCUGUCUGCCCUGCUCACUCGCAUCCAGAAAUUCUGUAACUGUAAUGCCACUAUGCCCAAACCAGUAAAAGUGGUGGCCGUCGGAGGACAGAGCUACCUGGGUGCUAUCUUACGCUUUUAUGUCUCCCAGUUGGCCAACAAAACAUCUGAUUGGUUGAGCCACAUGAGGUUCCUGGUGGUGCCUCUGGGGUCUCACCCCUUGGCGAGGCAUCUUGCUUCCCUGGACAACCGCUACAGCUCUGCCUUCCAAGACAGUGCGUGGAGAGAGCUUUUCAGUCGCCCAGAGCCACCUCAGACUGAGUUUGUGGAUGUGACUGGUCGCAUCAGUCAGUACAUAUGCGGCGCUGUAGUCACUCACCAGCUGCCCAUCGCCGAGGCGAUGCUUACCUGCAAGAACAAGACACAUGAUGAAGAUUCGUGUCAGAACUUUGUUCCUUUUGUUGGCAUGGUUAAAGUAGGACUAAUCGAGCCCAGUCCAGCCAUAACAGUUGGAGAAUGUGAGGAAAGUGUAUCUGUCAGUCUGGCAGUUCCCUCUACAUCUCCACCCUCUCAUGGAUCUCCCACUGGCAUGAUGAAAGACAUCACCCCGCCCCCUUCGCCUUCCUUGGGUAGUGGAUUGGCUGUCCUGGGGAGUCCAAUUAUGUCUCACGGUGUCGAUGCCAUCGGGCUGCAGGUGGACUACUGGGUGGCUUCAGGAGCGGAGCGUCGGAAGGAGGGUGAGAGGAGGGACACGGGGAGUAAGAACACCCUUAAGAGUGCCUUCCGCUCCCUACAGGUCAGCAGGCUCCCGUCAUCCGCCUCAGGAGACGCUCAGUCCAACGCCAACACAAUGGCCAUGACCGUGGUCACCAAAGAGAAGAACAAGAAAGUUCCCAAUCUGUUCUUGGGGAAGAAACCACGGGAGAGAGAUACUGAGUCUAAGAGCCAGGUCAUUGAGGGUAUCACUAGACUCAUCUGCUCUUCCAAACAGCAACAAACCAGCCUUAGAGUGUCUGUUGAUGGAAUGGAGUGGAAUGACGUCAAGUUUUUCCAGCUGGCAGCCCAGUGGCCCACUCAUGUGAAGUAUUUCCCUGUGGGACUGUUUGGCUACAGCAAGCCAUCGUCAUAG